GUCAUGUCAGUCGGCAUGGCCUUGCCUUGGUGUGCCGUUGUGGUACAGUACCAUCCAUCCAUGGGCGUACGUACAUACGAUGCAGCUCGUACCUCACAUUGAAUCCUACCCCACACAAUCACGACAGUUCUGAGCAAACAAUUGAAAGUCGUGCCGAGACCCGUGUUCUUUUGAAGUUGUUGAUGAAUCAAUGCGAAGAGACCAAUGAGGAGCAAGGGGCAUGUUUCGUUGAUGUUACGAGUGGAAAGGAAACUGUAGAUUUCCUUGGGUGGCUUGAUGCCGGGUAAUCGGCGUGAGAGGGACAGCGAGCGACAAUCACUGUGAGAGCUGGAGAAGUGACAGGACAGCGCCGAGACGAAACAGGCCGGUAGCCGUGCCGUCAGUUCCGAGGAGGUACGUACCUGAGAUGUCACUCAACCACGACACAACAACAAACACGUCCAGAGAUAUAUGUUGAUGAAGACGAGAUAUCAUCAAUCGAAUAUCUGAAUAUCUGAGAUAAUGUAUUACCUGAGAUUGAUCCUAUUCAGUCAUCAUCAACGGAGUGGCCGUGUAGUUUGCAGGUGGUGCUGGUGGUGGCUGUUCCACUUUGACGAUAGCGCCAAGACAUGGAGAAGGGGACCAACCAGGAGCCAAGGGGUAGUGACUGAUUCCUCCCGCCUCAUUCGCAGCCAUUGCCAAGUCUGUCUUGUCUUGUCUUGUCUUUCAAGAUCAAGGAAUAUAAUGGACACAGUGGACAGUACCCAGAGAGACAAUGCUAUAGGUAUGGUAGAGAGACCAGAGACAUUGCCCUGCCCGAGGUGCUGAGUGCUUGAUGAAUCGGCUCAAGGUAGGUACCUAUAUCUCUCAGUCACAGAGUGAUACCCGGCAAGUAUCUUCUGCCGUCUUUGCCGUUGGGUUGCUUGCUUUUGGACUACGGCUCCCUAGUUCCGAGCCCGAGCCUUUUUUUUGGGGGUUCCUUGCUAGCCCAAGCCCCCCGGCUCGUGUCUCUCCAGACCAAUCAGACUGCAUCUCUCCUCUCACAAUUCUCCACCGAAAAUCCUGACCUGCCCUGUCUUGCGUCUGUCCAGGUCCCGCCACUCCCCUAACGCUCCCCGUCUCUUCUCACUGUAGCUCUCGUUCACUUCAGGGCCCUUGCUUCUGCUUCUAGUCCAAUUGCUUUGCGAAUCUCGUCCAUCCCGUCAUUUCCAUUUCGCUCACCCUCCCUCACGCUUGACUUGGCUCUUUGCCGGACUCCGAUAUUCUCCUCCUCUUUUCUUCGUCACCUCUUUCGUACCUUUCACAGGCUCUUCUCCUCAUCCUGGGCUUCGCUUCGCCUUUUCCUCUGCUGGGUAUUCAUUUCCCUUCCUUUCGCGAUACCUGCUGGCUGAGAGUUAUCUACCGACGGUAGCGCCACGCGUACCUUGUUCCACUCGUCUAGACUUGACUCGACUCUCGAUCCGACCACCCACGCAACGUGCCUCGCCUUGACUACGCUAGAAUACCUGCUUUUUACCACUCACUUCACUCGUGGUAAACGUAUUCAAUACCGACUCCCCCCAUUCUCGUUUAUCCGCGAGCCUUGUUCUGUCGCGCCAUCUCGUCACUCUUUCGUUCUUGUCGACCACCACAAUCGCCUCAACAGCACCAUCACGAACACUUCGAAUUCCUUGUCACGAUUCGAAUUACCGCAUCAACGUUUGUCGCUUGACCAUCAUCAUCGCCUCGGUCAAUUCUUCCGUUCGCGCAAUCGACUAAAGACGCAUAAAGAGCGACCCCAGGUCGAGGGACUUUGGUACGGCCAUUGAGAUUGGUGGAAUUCAAGAUCCAUUGCGUAAAGGAGGCCUUUGGCCAUGGCCGACAACGAAAAGAGGGUUUCCACAGGAGUGGCUCAAGAGAUCCCUCUUGACCCAUUGCCUCCGGCUCAGCACAAUGUCGCCAGCGAUUCAUCAUCCGAGUUUGACGAGGUGAGUCUAGUUACAUUGCCUUGCUUUGCGCUGCUUGCUUCGUUUGGACCCGAACCUACUGCGGAUCAAUUAGACUGACACAUAGGACCUCAACAGUCUUUCUCCUACGAUCAGGAUGACAUGCCCGACUUCCAAACCACCGAGCAGGACCUUCACGUCACCGAGGAUGACCUUCUCGAGGCUCGCGAACUGGCCUCAAAGUACACACUAGAAGAUGUGCGCCACAUAAUGGCUCGCGUUUAUCGCAUCCACGAGAAGGAUCCCAACUUUCCACUCGUAGUUAUCCAAAAGAUCAAGGCAUUUCUCGAGAACGAUGAACUCUUUACGAACCCCGAGAAGCACGAGAGUCUGGUGCAGGAGAUGAAGCUCGAGGCUGCUCUCAUCACAAAUAACAGCCCCUAUGCCGAAGUUCGUGCCGUCGUCGAGAACAAGGAUGAUACUUCCAUCCCUUCAUCAACCAUUCGAAGUUGGACAAUCGGUCUCGUCUUUUCAAUGCUUCUUGCUUUCACCAAUCAGCUUUUCGAUAUUCGCCAACCUGCCAUUCGCAUCAUGGCCAAUGUCGCUCAGCUGCUCUCAUAUCCAAUUGGCAAAGGUUUCGAAAGGUGGCUUCCUGACUAUGGCAUCACUCUCUUCGGUGUGCGCCAUUCCCUCAACCCAGGGCCCUUUUCCAAGAAGGAGCAUAUGCUUAUCACCAUCAUGGCCAACGUUGCGUAUAACACUCCCUAUACGAACUUGAUCAUCUGGGUCCAGUAUCUGCCCCAGUACUUCAACCAGCCAUAUGCAUCCCACUUCGCCUACCAGAUUUUGAUCGCGCUGAGCACCAACUUCAUCGGCUAUGGAAUGGCUGGUGUCUGCCGUCGCUUCCUCGUUUAUCCCUCGUACUGCGUUUGGCCUGCGUCUUUGGUUACUAUUGCGCUCAACUCGGCUUUCCAUACCGACAACAACUCCCCGGUACAGGGUCCCUUUGCCAAGAUCUGGCGCGUUUCUCGUAUCAAGUUCUUUUAUGUCAUGUUCGGUGCUAUGUUUGUCUGGUUCUGGUUCCCUAACUACAUCUGGACCUCGCUCUCCAACUUCAGCUGGAUGUCCUGGAUUGAUCCCUAUAACCGUGACCUCAACACCAUCACCGGUUUCAACAACGGUCUUGGCAUCAACCCGUUCCCAACAUGGGAUUGGAACGUUCUCCUCUGGGAUUCUGCUGACCCUCUUAUGGUUCCUUUCUUCAGUACUUUCAACCGAUUUGUUGGUGCUUUCAUUUCCAUGUGGGUGGUUCUCGGCCUCUGGUACUCCAACAUCUACAACACUGGGUAUCUUCCCAUCAACACCAACCGUGUCUACGAUCGCUGGGGCGAGCUGUACAACGUCACUCGAGCUAUCAACGACCGAGGACUCUUCGAUGCCGAGAAAUACGCCGAUUACUCUCCCCCCUUCCUGGGCGCUGGAAACGUUGUUAUCUACAUUUUCUUCUUCGGCAUCUACACUUCGACCCUUACCUAUGCUCUUCUGUUCCAUCGACGCGAAAUUGUUACUGGCUUCAAGGGUCUUUUCAACAGCAUGAGGAGGAAGUCGAAGCGCGCGGAGGAGGUUCACGACCUCGAUGUUCACACUCGUCUCAUGAAGGCCUACCGUGAAGUUCCUGAGUGGUGGUACAUGGUUUGCCUUGUUUGCGCUAUUGCAUUUGGUAUUUCUGGUAUUGCUGGCUGGGACACCCACACUUCACCUGGUGUCAUUUUCUACGGUCUUGCACUUUGCCUUGUGUUUGUCAUUCCCGUCGGCAUCAUCAAGGCCAUGACUGGUAUUGAGGUCACUCUGACAGUUCUCGCUGAGUUUAUUGGAGGUUCCUUCGUUGAAGGCAAUGCUCUGGCCAUGAACUACUUCAAGUCUUUUGGCUACGUCACCUGCGCCCAUGCUGUCAUGUUCUCCAACGAUCUCAAGCUUGCUCACUACGUCAAGAUUCCUCCUCGACACACCUUCUUCGCUCAGAUCAUCGCUACUUUUAUCAGCACCUUUGUUUGCGUUGGUGUUCUCAACUUCCAGAUGACCCAGAUCGAGGGAGUCUGCACUGAGGAUGCCCGGUGGAAGAUGACCUGCCCCAGUGUCAACACUUUCUUUACUGCUUCAGUUCUUUGGGGUACUGUUGGACCUAGCAAGAUCUUUGGAAAGAACGGUCUCUACACUGAGGUCUUGAUUGGUUUCCCUCUGGGUGUUGUGGUUGUUCUGGCUGUUUGGGCUAUCAACAAGAGGUUCCCCAACUGGACCUGGACAAGACAGAUUCACCCUGUGGCUAUCAUGUAUGGAGGUAUCGUUUGGGCACCUUACAACAUGUCGUAUGUCUGGCCCUCGGUACCCAUUGCGUACUUUUCCUGGAUUUAUCUCAAGUCGCGCUACCUCGGCUUGUGGUCUAAAUACAACUUCGUGCUCUCUGCAGCCUGGUCCUGCGGUAUCGCCAUUGCAGGCAUCAUCAUCUUCUUCUCCCUCCAGCUUGAAGGCACCGAGUUCAACUGGUGGGGCAACACAGUUGGCUACGUGGGAUGCGAGGACGACGCCUGUCCCCUUCAACCUCUCGAGGGCACGGAUUACUUCGGUCCUCGGGUGGGUGAAUUCCACUAGCCGCCUCGACUGGGGCAUCACGAUGAGAUGAUUUGGCGCAAUGUAUAUGGGAUUCGAGCGUGCGGUUUUUUGUAUUGUGACAUUUUUGAAUUACCUGGAAGAUUUAUAUACCCCGGUUGCAUUGAUAUAGAGAUUGUCUGUUGGGACAGAUAUUGUAUAAAAAACCAAGAGGUUGUAUUCGAGGACAAUUCGUUUGCACAUUUUAGUGUUUGGUAUGUGAUAUAGUGAAGCUGGGGAUUAGCAUGGUGUUAGCUGAAUCAGUUCGUUCAAAGUCUGCAGUUUGGGCUCAUUUACUCGUACAGCCAUGGGUGUUCACAAGCGAGCUGGAGUUGGUUCAAUGGGUAUCCUUCAUUAUCUACAUAUUACCAAAACUAAGAAAUAAGACAUUAUCAUCAUUAUCCAUCAGCUUCAACAGGCAUAGCGCCACAGAAGAAAUCAACAAUGAGUGUAUCAUCUCGGUGACCUGUUUCCAAAUGGUGACAGUCCUCUCAUGGGUAGUUCAAACAUACUGCCCCAUGUCGACACCCUCCGUCCUGGACUCACUGGGCUGACAGGACUCAUCAAACUUCCCUCUUCAACUGUUCUCCACGAUGAUCCUCCGCUACUUCGACUAUCGCCGAGAACGGGACCGCCGUCGAGUUCAUACAUUGGCCCGCUUGAACUAACGGGUGUAUCUGAAGACCCAAUCUCCGGAAUUACAAUCGUUGGGAUGGGCGAGAGGACUUCUUGAACGGGCGCUUCCGGUACUGUCUCUGGGAUAACGGGGACAGGCUCAUCGUCCGAGUGCGCUGUUGAGGGACGCUUGUUUUUGAUCCAGCUGCUUUUCAGACUUAGCAUGCUAUUUCUGUUCUUGAGAUUUCGUAGCCCGUUGCGAAGUGCUGUUGUCGUUGAGCGCUCGGGACCGGACUUUGACUUUGGGCGGAGUAAAGAUCCAGAGUCUGACUUGGGAGGGAGAAGACGUGUUAGGAGCUCGAGUUGAGAGUGCAUGCUUGGAUGGGCGAGGACGUCUUCCAAUGUGAUGCUAACGGGGAGGACGUUGUUGAGUUCAGCUGUGAGAGUGUGUGCGGGAAGAAUGCAGCCAGAGAUAGCGUAGAAUGGUGUCGUGGGGAUUUUAUCUUUUGGGAUGCUUGUGGAAGAAGGUUUUAUAACCUUAUCCCAGGCCUUGACGAUAGAAACUUGAAGAUCCGUGCGUUGAGCCGCAUCAAGCGAUUCAACGGGCGGUCCUUGAGGGGGUUGUGUCGCAGGUAAAGGGAUCUGCCUCUGUGAUCUCGAAAUCUCAUCUGACGAGUGAACCAUCGGUUGAUGAAUCGUCUCAGGAUGCAUAAUGGUCUCCCACGCCGCAACAAGCAAACUCAAACAACUCUGCACAAACGCAGCAGUAAGUCGUUCCUCAGAGUACCUGAUCUCCAGAAUAACACGAUCAUUCGCCUCAAUGCUCGACCUUACAAAAAGAUCUGGAAAGUCCCUCGUCCACGCUUCUACCAUCUUGUACGUAAACGUCGCACCGUCGAUAUUCAUCGUCGACGAUCCAUCGUGCGGUCCAGGGAUGUGAUGCUGAACGACGGUGCUGAAGCGUGUACAGGCGCGCCAGUUUGUGCAUUUGUUGAUGAGUUCUUGAAAUCCGAAUGUUUCGAAGCGAGAGUGGGAUUGGCGCUGGAGUUGGAUGCAGUUCAUGAGAUCGAGGGGUGUGCUGUGACUGGAAGGGAAUUGGACUCGUACAGGGAGGAUGUUUGUCAUGGGACCGACGAUAUCCGGGGUUGAAGUGUGGAUGACUUCGCCGAAGAGAACGUCGUGGGAGGAUGAGAGUGUUGAGAGGACGAUGGCCCAUGAUGCUUUUAGCGCUGCAUCAGGAGUCAUGCCGUAGGAGGAUAGAUGGCCUAGAGAAGUUGUAUGUUUUACCGUUCGAAUCUCAGACAGAGACGCUGGAGCAGCAGGGCGUGUGUGAGCGAUGAUUUUUGUCAUCUUUGCAUUCUCAAGUUGAACAUUCCAGUAUUCUAGACCUUGAGCACGCGUUACUCGUGAAGCGCGCGUGUAGUCAAGAUACGAAGAUCUCGGUACGUCAGUCGUAUCGUCUCCUUCGUAGAGAGCUGUGAGUUCGUGAACGAGUAAAUGAGCGGCUACAUCGUCGAUUUGAGAUGUACUUAGGCGAAUAACCAAGCAUCCUUGUUGUUCUGCAUUUAAGAAUGUAAAGUUCGUAACAGGUGUCGUUGGGUCAAAAGGUAGAGAUUGAUGGUCCUUGAUGAGAUUCUGCGUGACUUCUUCAAGAGAGCCUGUACUGCAAGAAAUGGUUGAGAAUGGCGGCUUGAAAGAAGCGCAGUGGACUUGAUAAACCGUGUGAAGGUGCGAAAUAAACGCUACGUUGAGAAUAGCAUGCAUGUCGCUCAGUCCUUUACAAGCUGUUUCGAGACGCGAUGUAUCAAUGGGACCGUUGAAACGAAGCGCGAGACAGAUUAUAUCAGCUCGGUUUGGAAACAUCCCUAGUUCAAGAGCGCGGACUUGUUGGGAGGUCGCUUCAGUGAAGUCAAGAACAUCAGGUGAAGAAACUCCAAGCUGCGGCGCGAUGACCUCCUUGACGAAUUUCGUAUCAAUCUUCCUCGCGACUUGUUUUCGAGCUGAGACUUUCCUCGUAGAAGACUCAGCAGAGCGACAUAUCUCGGUAAGUGACCGUUCACCCAACAGAUCAGAUAGUGAGAUGUAAACACCACAUUUGCGAGCUGCGAUGACGAGGUGAGCAGCGAGGUACUUAUUCCCACCGACUGAUGAGAAAGUACUUGAGCCUUUCACAGCAGAGACUGAAAUACCAAGAGUAUUUGCCCACAUUUCACGCAUCAUUUCCUCAGGGCCUGUCAAGGGCAGGGGCUUUUGCGAGAGGGUUACACGUUGGAUUUCUCCUGGAUUAGGAACGUGCGACAUAAGCAGGACAUCGUGAGUCGAGAGAUUAGCGACACUGCGUUGGAGUUUUCGCCGGUUGACUUUUAGAGACGUUGACAUUGGAAAUGCUCUAACGGGGAUGAACACUGCAGGGAUAGAGUGCCGUGGAAGACGGGGUGUGUUGGACGAAGGAUUCUCGAGGGAUGCUUCAAACAUCUUCUUAGCGAUGUACGUCCGUUCUCGAGUCUCAGGGGUGAGAGUGUGAAGAUUCUCAUUAGGUUGCAUAGCGUGACCGAGUUGAAGAAACGCAGCCAGCAAAGGACCUGUGUCGCGCAUGGUGACGGAGUCAACGACUACAUCGAUGCCUUGGCCUAGACAACGACGCAUGAGUUGUUCAACUUGCGCGACGUCGACCAUUAGACCUCCGACUCUAACCUCGUCACGAACGCUAGAAAUGAACUGGACGUUUCCGUCGUCGAGAUAGCGCACACGAUGCCCUGUCUUGAGAUAUCGAGGUCUCUGUCGCUCACCCUCCAAAUCUGGUGCAACGAGAGGCCUGUCCAGUGCAAAGCGAUGAGGCGUAACGAGAGGACUGUCGAUGGCCAAUUCACCAAUCGCACCGACAGGCAUGAGCUUCUUAGGAUUAUCAGGAUUAAGAACCCAAAAACGACCUGUGACCGGUGGCGUAAUGACGUCCAAACUGUUAUCCUUCUCAACUUCCGUGACUGAAAUGCCGAGGGGACAAAUAUCCGGUGCGCCAUACGCAAGGAGAAUAUCAUGAUCUUCCAUCCACGGCAUGUAUGUAUCAGGAUCCAGUUUUCUCGUUCGAAAACACAGCGUUCGUAAACUCGGUACUGAAUCUGGAUGGAUGCUCCUCGCGAUAAGACUUGUCAUGUACGACCACGUCACAUCCAUUCGAGCCAUGGCACUCGCAAUAUCGUUACUUCGUUCGUGUGCUGAGGGAAUGCAGACACAACCACCGUGGACUAAAGUUCCAAGAAUUUCCACCAGGGAGAUAUCGACGUUGAAGGCUGAGAGUUGAAGAACGCGGCUUUCGCUGUUGAGUUUCAACGCUGGUCCUUGGGCGAAGAAUGCAGAGAGUAGCGAAGCAUGCGUGAAGAAAAUACUCCUUGAUUUCUUAGGCGUGACAAAUACACACGCUGCGUGGUCAGGACUUGUCUCUUGUCCCAUCGUCGAAAGAUACGGCGUCAGCAUUGCGAAGAAUGUAUCAUUAACAAUGACAAGAUUGAUCGCCAACGAACUCAAAUCCUUCCAAGCCGUCUCAGUCGCCAGAACGAUAUGAGGAUUGAGGUAAUCAAUAGUCGAUUUCACCGUACUAGCAUCCUGCGAAUCCAACGCUGCGAAACUGGCACCGGCUGAAAGAACAGCGAGGAUUAUAACAGGCGCCCAAUGGUUCUUUUCGAGAACGACGGGGACUAUAGUUCCUGGUCCGACGCCGAGAUUGACGAGGUAUGUUUUCAGGCGUGAAACGAGCGUUGAGAGUUGGGCGUAUGUUAUGUCGCCGUCCCAGGAACAGACAGCUUCUGCGUCUGGACGAAGAAGACUAUGCUGAAGAAUAACAUCGUGGAGACAGGAUGAGAUUUUUUGAGAUUGGGUGGCCCAGUCUUGAACGACGAGUUGGGCGUAGUCCCUAUCUGUAAGAAGAUCUGUCUCCACGAUGAGCUUUUGGGGUGUCGUGAGGAUUUGCGUUAAGGCUGAGUGAAAACUAUUCAUAACACUCUGAAUUUGAGAAGUUGAGAGAUGUCGGGAUGUGAAGUUGACGUGUAAACGAUCGUUGAUAAACAUAAGCGUAAGGGACACAUCACAGUCCGUCUUGCGCCCACAUGUCAAAGGCGUGGUUAUCAACUCAUCGCCCGCGACGAGAUUAUUCUCCUCAUGAAAGUAAAGGCAAGUGUUGAACAGCCUCUUAUCCUUGAGCCCCAACGCAUGCUGAACUUCAGACAUGGUGAGAUUAUCAUGCUUCCUCGCAUUGGCAUACCCUUCUCCCGCGAUAGCAAGACACUGUCCCAGAGAAGCGGAAGGCGGCAGUUCGAUAUAACACGGUAGAAUGGUUGCAAAACUCCCGACCAGUUCUUCAAUCCCACGGAGGAGUUGUUCAUCGCGCGCGGAGAAUUGAUACCCAAACGUAACAGCGUCCAUGCCUACAAAGGCACGUAAGACGAGAGCCCAAGCAAGUUGGAAAACAGCUUGGGCGUGGACUUGGUUCUGUUGGCAGAACAUGCGCAUUUGCAUGGUCGGAAUGUCGAGAUCAAAGGGAACGGUGUGGAACGUAUCCUUUGAAGUGGUCGAGAGGGGCGGGAAGAUACAUGGUGUUGCGUAGGAAAGGCUCGUUUUCCAAACUUCAAGACUAUAAGCUGUGUCGAUGGAGGCUAUCUGGUGGAGAUAUGUGUUAUGAAGCGAUGAAUUGUCCUGGGGAUCUUGACCGGAGUAGACACGGCUUAGUUCCGCUA